AUGAGUUUCUUCAACAGCAUUAUCAUUUUCCUGUCCAUUUUUUCCUUUGCCUUUUCUCAAACAACCUUCAAUUCUAAAAUCUUUCUGAAGACUUCGAUCACUGAAUACCCAGAAAAUAGCGAAAUCCAGUUGAAAGAAUGUCUUAUAGAAGAGGUUCAAUUGCAGUGUAAAAGUUGGAGAUUUUCUGUGGAGGCCAAUAAUUUAGGCCCAUGGAAGAGAAUUCCAGAAGAAUGCGCUAAUUAUGUGAAGGAUUACAUGAAUGGAAGGGGUUAUCAAUUUGAUCUUGAUAGGGUCUCCAAUGAGGCUGGAAUUUAUGCUAGAAAUGUGGAGUUGAGGGGAGAUGGGAAAGAUGCUUGGAUUUUUGAUGUGGAUGAAACCCUUCUGUCCAAUCUUCCCCAUUAUGCUGAACAUGGUUAUGGGUCCUCAGAGGAUCAUAAGAAAACAGCACCUAUAUACAAGUCACAGAAGAGGGAUGAGAUGAUUGAAGAGGGGUAUAGGAUACUGGGUAACUCUGGAGAUCAAUGGAGUGAUUUACUGGGUUCCUCAGUCUCCGACCGUUCAUUUAAGCUUCCAAACCCCAUGUAUUAUAUUCCAUGA